AAGUUGGCGCUUGGAUCUCGGCGAGGCGAGAGUUUCGUACGCGCGAUCACCAUUUCUCCCCGAAAAUAUCGAGUCGCGAGUGCCGCCCCACAACGAACUAAUAUCAUAUCAUAUAAUAUCUCAUCGAGUCGUAUCGAUCGACCGCCUGAACUUGGGAACGAAGGACUGCGAAAACAACACGGAACCGCAGCUGAAAAAAAUUAUACAUAAAUAUCCCAAAGACUCUGAAUCCCUUUGAAAACCCUCCUCUUACCGAAUUCCCCAUAAAGUGCCGGAUGGUAUAGGAUCGCAAAGAUUUCCCACAAACAUGCUGAGCGGGCGCCAUCGCGGGUUGCCAACAUCGAUUUCCGCCAGCAGGACGAUGAUGAAGAUGAUGGAUGGCCUUCUGACCGAUCCGAUCCUAGCAACAUGGAUGUAUACCAAAUAGAGCUGGAGGCACAGGCACAAAUCCGCUCCAAUCUUCUGGUCGAAACCUGUGUGAAGCACUCGGCGGAGCAGCAGCAGCAGCUCCAGGUGAAGGAGGAGGAUCUCAUCAAGGAUUUCGCUCGGGACGAGGAACAGCUAAGCGAGGAGGAGGGGGAGGAAGACGAGGACGAGGACGGGGACGGGGAAGAGGACGAAGAAGAGGUAGACGGGGCAGAGGAGGAGGAGGACGAAGGAGCGGAAGGAGCCCUGCUGCCGGCGGUCAAUUUUAAUGCAAAUUCCGACUUUAAUUUGCAUUUCUUUGACUCACCGGAGGACUCGUCCACCCAAGGGGCCUACAGCGAGGCCAAUAGCUUGGACUCCGAGCAGGAAGAGGAAGAGGCGGAGGAGCAGCAUCACCGGGAAUUGCAGGAUUGCCUAAGUGCCAUUGAAGCCGAUCCCUUGCAGCUGCUGCAGUGUGACGAUUUCUACAGGACAGCAGCGCCAGUGGAGAGUGUUGCAAAUAGUCUGCGUCCCCUGGAACAGCAACUCAACCACCCACAUCAACAGCAGCAACACCAGGGACACCUUCCUGGCCAGCAGCAAAACCACCAGCUCAACUGCACGCUGAGCAAUGGUGGAGGUGCUCUGUACACCAUCAGCAGUGUGCAUCAGUUCGGUCCGGCCAGCAACCACAACAGCAGCAGCUCCCCCUCCUCCAGCGGCGCCCACUCCUCGCCGGACAGCGGCUGCUCGUCGGCCUCCUCCUCCGGCUCCUCCUCAGGGUCCUCCGCCCACACGGUCUCCUCCUCGUCGUCGUCCAGCUGCUCGGAGCACUUUGCCCGCGGCCCGAGUACAGUUGUCAAUGUCAGCGGUCGUACAUCCUCGUCAGCGGUCAACAGCAGCAACUGCAACAACAACGCCAGCGGCGGCAGCAACGGCAACACCAGCAACAACCCCGCAGCAACAUCUUCAUCUGUUGCGCAUCUAAACAAAGAGCAACAGCAGCAGCAACAGCAGCCGCAGACGACGUCACAGCUGCAACAGCAGCAGCAGCAGCAGCAACACCAGCAGCAGUUGCAACACCCGCAGCAGCAAUCUUUUGGCCUAGCCGACAGCAGCAACAACAACAGCAACGGCAGCAACAGCAACAGCAACAGCAACAACACCAACGGGGUCUCCUCGAAGUCAUUUGUGCCCUGCAAAGUCUGUGGCGACAAGGCAUCGGGCUACCACUACGGCGUAACCUCCUGCGAGGGUUGCAAGGGUUUCUUUCGUCGCAGCAUCCAGAAGCAAAUCGAAUACCGCUGCCUGAGGGACGGAAAGUGCCUGGUCAUUCGGCUGAACCGCAAUCGCUGCCAGUACUGCCGCUUCAAGAAAUGCCUCUCCGCUGGCAUGAGCCGCGAUUCUGUACGUUAUGGUCGCGUUCCCAAGCGUUCCCGUGAGCUGAACGGAGCAGCCGCCGCCUCCGCCGCCGCAGGCGCUCCCUCCUCCCUUAAUGUGGAUGAGUCAACCAGCAGCUCUCUGCACCCGAAUCUACAGCAGCAGCAGCAACAGCAGCAACAUCUCCUGCAACAGCAGCAACACCAACAGCAGCAACAGCACCAACAACUCCAACAGCAACCGCAUGUCAGCGGCGUCCGAGUGAAGACCCCGAGUACUCCACAAACGCCACAAAUGUGUUCGAUCGCCUCCUCGCCAUCGGAGCUGGGCGGUUGCAAUAGUGCCAAUAACAAUAACAACAACAACAACAGCAGCAGCGGCAAUGCCAGCGGCGGCAGCGGCGUAAGCGUCGGCGUCGUUGUUGUGGGCGGUCACCAGCAGCUGGUGGGCGUGGGCAUGGGCACGGACCUGGGCGGGACCCACCACCAGGUGGGCAUGUGCCACGACGGGCUGGCCGGCACGGCCAACGAGCUGACCGUCUACGAUGUCAUCAUGUGCGUGUCGCAGGCGCACCGCCUCAACUGCUCCUACACGGAGGAGCUGACCAGGGAGCUCAUGCGCCGCCCCGUGACGGUGCCACAAAAUGGGAUUGCCAGCACAGUGGCGGAGAGCCUGGAGUUCCAGAAGAUCUGGCUAUGGCAGCAGUUCUCCGCCAAGGUGACGCCCGGCGUGCAGCGGAUUGUGGAGUUUGCGAAACGCGUACCUGGCUUCUGUGAUUUCACCCAAGACGACCAGCUCAUACUCAUCAAGCUGGGCUUCUUCGAGGUCUGGUUGACGCACGUGGCCCGCCUGAUCAACGAGGCGACCCUGACCCUGGACGACGGAGCCUACCUGACGCGCCAGCAGCUCGAGAUACUCUACGAUUCUGACUUUGUCAACGCCUUGCUGAACUUUGCCAACACACUGAACGCCUACGGGCUGAGUGACACCGAGAUCGGACUCUUCUCGGCCAUGGUGCUGCUGGCCUCCGACCGGGCCGGCCUCAGCGAGCCCAAGGUGAUCGGCCGGGCCCGGGAACUGGUGGCCGAGGCACUGCGCGUCCAGAUCCUGCGCUCCCGGGCAGGAUCCCCGCAGGCCCUGCAGCUGAUGCCGGCGCUGGAGGCCAAGAUACCCGAGCUGCGGUCCCUGGGGGCCAAGCACUUCUCACACCUAGACUGGCUGCGGAUGAACUGGACCAAGCUGCGCCUGCCGCCCCUCUUCGCCGAGAUCUUCGACAUCCCCAAGGCCGACGACGAGCUGUAGGAUGGACGGAUGGAUCGGCGGAUGGGUCGGCGGAUGGGUCGGCGGAUGGAUCGGCGGAUGGAUCCCCGCGAGAUUCCAGGGCCGUGCAAAGCAAACCGCAACAAAAAUAUUCUACCACUUGUAGGCUUAAGCAAAGUAGCUAUACGUAGCUAUAGAGAGAAUUGGGAGGGCCGGAGAUCAGUUACACGUCUACUCAGCAUUACUGGAGAUAGUUCACUAAGCCUAUAUGCAUAUUACUAGCAGUGUUAGAGCGACUAUCCCGACUAUCCCGACUACCCGCUGAACAUAUCCAUGCGCAAACAUAAAUUAUUUAUUUCAUUGUUGACUCAUCAGCUCCACUCCGACCACCACAUCACUUCAUCCCGCACACCCAAUCGAAAUUUCAAAAGAAAAUUCACCAUUGGCCAGCUAUCCAAGGCAUCUAUCCAGAACUCGACUGAAGAGCGAGCGUUAAAGUUCGAUAAAUACUGGUUUUUUUAUAUAAUAUUAACUACUUUAAACGAUAUCGGAUAUAUGUGUACGUUACACCUAGAGAUACGGACCUAGCGUAGUCGAGAAGCAAAAAAGAGAGACCCACAUCGUUUGCUUGCAAAAGUUGGACGUCCCAUACGAUAUAAAACCAUAUACAUAUUCAAAAUGAUAAAUGAUAAAUCUAUGCCUAGUUUAAAUCGUUUCGAAUUGAAGACCGAUGCGUUUAUUGUAUCUGCGUGUAAAUAAAUUUAAAUUAAUUCUUACCAUUAAA